UCUGGUCUGGUCCAGCUAACGUUAGCUGACUGACCUGCUUGCCUCGAAAGCAGGACGGAUUUCAGGGAUAACAAUGUUUUAUUUUUAGGCCUAAUAGAGCUAAAGCGAAACGCCGAAUGGUAACCAGACAUACAUAACUGGAACCAGGAACCGUCAAUGCAAAGAAAGAGGGUGAGCUUUAAGAAGUAACGUUAGCAGAUCCAUGGCAAAGUGGCUGAAGGACUACCUGAACUUUGGCAGCAGGCGUGACCCUCCACAGCCCCCCAGGCCAGAUUACAGUGAGAGUGAGAUUUUGAGGGCUUAUAGAGCUCAGAAAGAGCUAGAUUUUGAGGACCCAUACCAACACACAGAUAAAGAGCACCAGAAUGGCAGUUUCAGCUCCUGUAGUGCCACAGUGAGCCUUCCCACUUUCCCUGCAUUUGGUUCAGUGCUGCCCAAUGGUGUGGAGGUGAAAGUUGUGUCUCCCAAACACAGACUAAUUAAAGUGGAUUCUCAGGAGUUUGGCCGCUGUAAAAUCCCCUUGAGUCCUGUGACUGUUCAAGAAGAACCAGUGGUUCCCUCUGCCCCAGCAGCAUCGGACACUGACACAGACUACUCUGACCCAUUUGAUGCCCGUCCAGACCCAAGAGCCAGACCAAACUGGGAACCCAAACCUGCACCAACAGACUGCUGCAGCUACAUGGAGCCAUUCGAGGCCCAGCGGAUCAUCUCAGAACUGCAGCACAGCAUGAUGACUAACAGGUCUGGAAGUGGAGAUCCCGGCCAGUUAUAUGAUAACCCGUACGAGGAGAGGACUCGUCUCCACCACCGAGCUGCUCCACCAGCACAACAGCAACCUCAGAAGGUUGAGGGCGGACUUGGCCCGAUCGACAGCAGGGAGAGCAGGCUCCCACAGGAUGAUGAGAGGCCCGCUGAUGAAUACGACCAGCCGUGGGAGUGGAAGAAGGACAAUAUCUCUAAAGCUCUAGCAGUUCAGUUUGAAGGUGCAGAAAGGGAGCGCUCUCGAGCUCAGACAGAGCAGACCAGGCUCACCAAGACAGGCGGCACAUCUACCGCGGCAGACUCAACGACUCUCCGUUUGGUCGGGGACACUCCUCCUUUACUGGGAGAAAGGGUGGAUCCAUCUCUGCCUCUGGAGAGACAAGUAUGGUACCAUGGAGCCCUGAGCCGCUUGGAGGCAGAAACUCUACUGACUCUGUGCAAAGAGAGCUCCUACCUGGUGAGGAACAGCCAGACCUGCCGUUGCGACUACUCGCUCUCACUCAGGAGCUGCAAAGGCUUCAUGCACAUGAAGUUCACUCAGUCUGCAGACGGGCGUUAUGUGCUCGGGGAGAACAGCCCCCCCUUCUCCACCAUUCCCGAGGUCAUCCACUACUACACUACACACAAGCUGCCAAUCAGAGGCGCUGAGCACAUGUCCCUGCUGUAUCCUGUCAUAGUGCAGACCCUCUGACACUGACAAACCACAAACUCUUCCUCCUGGUGCUACUGAAUGCAAUAUAUACUCAAUAUUUCCCUCUUUCUGGCCCCUUUUCCUACAUGCCUUUUCACUGCCAUUCUACCUGCACUACUCACAAGAGAUUGGACUGGUUGGUGCCAUCUUUUCCUUUUCUUUUUAUCAUAACCCCAGUAACUACACUGGCAGCUUAACAACAGAGCUCAGUGCCUCAUGAACCUAUGCCUGUGAACUGGUAUGAUCACUGAAAUUCCUGUAUUUUAAUACCACGGACUCCUGAAAAUCAGCCAUCAUUGAUAUUAAGAUUGAUAGCUGAGUACUUUUAGGUAAAAGAGAAAAAGAAAAAAAAAAAAA